AUGAUCUAUGCGCAAGACGAGCGCGGCUAUGAAGAGAGUCCUUUGGCUUUAAAGAAAGCUCGCAAUGAGGCUAGAAACGUCUCAUUUGUCGGCUACAUGGAAUAG